AUGAUGAGUCGCGCUCCGUCUAAACUCUAUGCUGAGCCUUACUUACCACUACCAACCCCAUUCAGGAAUCCUGUCAGAUAUGUACAGAACAAGUUUCUAUCAGACGGGCGCUUCGAAAUCACACGGCGCUCUCUUGUCCUUUCUCCUCAACCCAAAGGCCAGCAAGCUCUAAUCGAAAUGCCGAUACGAGGCAAAACAGAGCCAGACCCAUACCAGCCACUUUACUUCACGUCUUUGAAGGAGCUCGACGCAUGGGUUCCUGGACAAUCGGCCAAAUAUGAUGGCAUCCUGAAGUACCAGGCAAGGAAACCCGACUUAUCAUCUGCGACACGGGGAAAACUCCUGGUUUGCCAUGACUAUAAGGGAGGGUACAAUGAGAGUUCCUUCGCUCGAUCCUAUACCUUCAAUUUCUGGUCUACGUGCGAGACAUUCGUCUACUUUUCGCACCAUCGAGUGACUAUACCCCCACCUGGAUGGAUAACUGCUGCCCAUAGACAGGGGGCGAAGAUGCUGGGAGUACUGAUAUUCGAAGGCGGAGGCGAAGAAGACUCUCUCCGCUUGAUUGUCGGAAAGAUGCCCACCUCACAAUUGAAGACUGGCCAAGUCGAUCAAACAUCACCUUCCUUUACUUUACCUCUUUCGACCCACUACGCAAAAGUGCUGGCUGAGCUCGCCCGCGAACGAGGUUUUGACGGCUAUCUGCUCAACUUCGAAGUCCCUCUUGGCGGCGGGUUCGAACAAACGAGGGCACUAGCGGCAUGGAUUACUGUAUUGCAAGCGGAAAUACUAGAGAAGGUCGGACUCCAUGGCGAGACGGUGUGGUAUGACAGCGUAGUUAUUAACGGUCAGCUCGCAUGGCAGGAUCGGCUGAACAGCUACAACCUACCUUUCUUCCUCUCAUCCACCACCUUUUUCUCAAACUACACAUGGCGGAUUGAGUACCCAGCAUUGACAGCUCAGUACUUCAUGAGCCUUGACCCAGCUCUCAUAGGGAACACACCAACAUCGCAAACCCAACGUGCUAUGAAGACCCUCCAAGACAUCUACAUGGGGGUCGACGUUUGGGGCCGGGGCACACACGGCGGCGGUGGCUUGGGGUCGUACAAAGCCAUUGAGCACAUCUCUCCCGACUCACUCGGGCUCAGUGUUGCCUUCUUCGCGCCAGCAUGGACGUGGGAGACCGAGGAGGACAAGGAAGGCUGGGACUGGGACCAAUGGUGGCGAUACGACAGCACGCUGUGGGUCGGGCCUGCUAGCGGCACUGUAACAGUACCUGACAUGCCUCCACCAAAGAAAGGCGAGGACCCGUGCACGCAUGGCCAGUUCGUGCCCGUCUCUGCGUUCUUCCCUACACGGCCUCCGCCGGACCCUGUCGAGAUCCGCUUCCACACAGUGUUUUGCCCGGGUACUGGCCUUGCAUGGUUCGUGGAUGGUGUGAAGGUGUUCCAGAGCGAUAAGGGGUGGGCGGAUGUUGACAAGCAGACGAGUGUCGGUAACUUGCUCUGGCCGCGCCCAAAGCUGUACUGGGAUGACGACCGCGAAGACACUAUUCCAACCGCGCUUUCUUCAUUCCAGAUGGACGACGCAUGGAAUGGAGGUAAUUCUGUGAAGAUAUCGAUUUCGUGCCCAGGUUCAGAAGACGACAAGGCUGCUUAUCGCCCACUCUGGCUUCCAGUUCAAACGAUGAGCAUUACACCUCGAAGAACUUACGAGGCAUCAGCAAUCUACAAGAUUGGCCACGACUCAACGAACGGAUUGGACACGGAGUUUGCCCUUACAUUCAAGACUGUGCCAGGCAGUACCGAUGACUUGGUGUGCAACAUCACCUCAAGUACCAGCUCUGACCUGCCGGGCGGAUGGACGAAGCUAACGAUCCAGUUCAACACCUCUGGGUCCGAGGAAACAAUUACACCGCCCAGUACGAUAGCCAUGGGUCUCGUCAUCGCAAUCUUAACCGAAGACCCCACCCAACCACUCGAAAUAUCGUUCCUCAUCGGUCAAUUCAACGUAUCAGCUCAUCUCCCAGACUCGUACCUCGAGGACGACCCGCUCAUUCUCUGGGCAGACUACGCCCCAACAGCAACGCCCUCUAGAGCCGCUGCCCCGUUCUUCGGUACCCUCUCCUGGGGCGUAGCAAGCACCUUCCCUCCUGUCCCACCUAUCACGAUAAUCUCGCCUGAAGAUCCUGUCUCGGCAUGGAACCUCCAACCCACUAUCGAAUGGUUCCCUGCCUUCUUGUAUUUCAACAUCUACGCCCAAAAAUUCGUGGACCCAUUCACUAUUGGGACGGUAGAGAAAGCGACGUGGAUUGGUACGUCAGGUGCAGGAUGGAGUGGGCAGGAGAAUGCUUUUAGCUUGCUUCCUGAGAACCUGCCUUUUGAGGUGGAUAGGAACACGAAGGUCCGGUUCUAUGUCCAGGGUAUCACAGAUCGUGGAGAGGUGUUGAAGUGGGAGAGAUGUGCGUACGUUGACGUACCGGCAGUCUUACCGCUCUGA